AGCGUUGCCACGGGCCAUAACCACAACCGCGUGCAAUGGCAUAUUUGCUAUCUUCAUCGCACGUCUAGCGUUAGACAUUUUGAGGUUAAAUAGUUUUCACAUUGUUGGUUUUUAUAUGAAUGAUACGAUACGAAAGAACACAACUGAUUUAAAUACAAACUAAACAUAAUACACAAAAAGAAAUACACAUAACCUGCUUCAACGCUUGGCUUGGAGAGCGAAAUGGUUCGAAAGGAAGAACCCCACAUACAGUCAUAUAUUGCUUGUCGAAUUAUGAGAGUGUAUGAGUUAUCGUCCGAAAAUUUCCGCUUGGGUUAUUGGACUAGAAAUUCAAUUAGCGGAAUUUGGGGCAAGUGUGCCAUACGGGGCAAGAGUGCCACCAAACAUUUUUCCUUAAAAACUUUAGUUUAAUGAUCAAUUGUGUAUACAGUUGGUUGCUUUCCAAUGACUAAGUAUACUUAGCCGACAAUUUCAUAUAGACCAAUCGAAAUUUCCCAUUGUUUUGAACUGAUUUAUGUUGAGUUUCAAAAUUGAGCAGAAUGUUAUAAUUUUUUAAUCCAACCAAAUAAGCUCUCAAAAAUCAUGGGAACAAUCAACCGAGAAAAUAUUUACACCACCGUAUAGCUGAGAAAACGUGAAAUUUUGUGUGGGGUUAGUUGAAAAAAACUUUCUUUUUGUCACUGAAAAAUUCAAUUUCAAAAAAGUUACAACUUUUGGGGCAAAAGAGCCAUCUCUAUUUGGGGCAAGUGUGCCACCAUCUUUCAUAGGCGCGAGCUGUCAAAAAUGUAAACAUUGUUGUAGCGUUCAGCGGUAUGGUGCGCUUUUACGAGCGGAUUCUACUCCGGAAAAACAGACCAGCAACAACCCAUAUUGCGAUACAGUUUUUGAUGAAAAGGGGUUCAUUGGUGACUCAAGACAUGUAGGAAUACAUACACUAGUGGUACAAACGUAAUAAUUUCCAAUUAUCUGAGAAAUACGGUUAUUUUAACCAGGUGGCCGUCUUGCCCCAUACGAGUGGCACUUUUGCCCCGUAGCCCAAAAAACAACGUCUUUUUGGACCCUUUUUAAAACACUUCAAAAACUGUUUUGUUUGCACUUUUUUCAAGCGAAACUCAUUUAUAAGUGAGGAAUUAGAUGUAAAAUGGUUAUGAGAUUUAAACCGGCUUUUGAAAAACACGUUUUAGUGAGUUAUAACUUGAAAUGCUUAAGGUGGCACACUUGCCCCAAAUUCCGCUACAGUAGAACGUCGAUUACCCGGGCAGCUCGGGACCGGACGGUUGCCGGUUAAUCAAUUUGCACAUAAUGGUCCAAGAAAUGUCAAAUCCACAUAAAACUUAUAAAAUUCACUAAUUUUAUGAUUAAUUCACCUUUAAUCAAUCGAUUAAUCGUUAGAACAAGGCCGAAAAUACAUGGACCAGAAUUUCGCGGCCAUGGAAUUCCGCCUGUUGUCAGUCCAAAGUGAGUUGAUAGAUCAGGUGGGCUUAUCAAGUGCAAUUUGACGUAAAAACAAAAUAGGAAGAAAACCUGGUUUGAAAGUUAGAUCCAUAACAAACUGGAUGCUUUGAUGAUUUUUAUAUGGACUCACUCCUAAGGGCUUGGUACUUGUUUCGACGCAGCGUAUCGCAACGCAUUGCGUGACGAACGCUGGUAUCUGUUCGCAGCGUUCUGCAUGGAUAUGUCAACACAUUUCACAAAGAAAAACAUCAACAAACAGCAAUAAUGCCUCUUAUUUAUAGGUUCUGAUGUGAUUAUAAUGUUAAAUUACAACUGUAAAAUCAUUUCCAGUUCUGCUCAAAACAGUGCAAAGCAUGUUUUCGCUUUAUCAUUGCACAUUGCAUACUGACCCGCACACACCUGUUUUGCAGUAAUUACGAAAUUACUUUCUCUACAUUUAUUUUGUUUUGUUAAUAAAAUUAUUUAGUAGUCCAAUUACACGUCCAAUUGCGCUCGAAACAAUUUAACGUGAAAAAAUAUCGAUUUUCACCCGAUAUGAUUGAACCAUUUUGACAGACGCAUCACGACGUGCGUCGAAAUAGAAAUUUUUCUACUUUGACGCUGCGUCCCCAUACAUUUUGGCGUCCCCAUACAAAUCCCAUACAUUUUGGCAAAAUCGCAACGCAUUGCGUCGGAACAAGUACCAUAUCAAGAUAGAUAUCAAGUAGAUAUCAAGAUGAGAUCAAUCGGUGGUCUGUUGAACAGGGCCAAAGGAGAUAUGCGCAGGCACUCUGAUAAAUUCAGUAUAAAAUCAUAUUUGGUUCGGUUGGUACAUUGCUCCUUACUUGCCAGAAUUAUUGAUCUGCCAGAAAGGAUUCAAUAAUUGUUGCCUAUGUAUCAGAUUUGGCGAGAGAAAUGAUCUUUUUUGGAAUAUACUUACUUAUCCGGCGCUACAACCGCUUUGCGGUCUUGGCCUGCCUCAGGAGUGUCCGAAACCGCUCACGGUCUCGCGCCUUCGUCUGCCAGUCCGUUAUCCCGGCCUUAAUGGCGGACGCCUCCACGCCAUCUUGCCACCUCAAUUUGGGCCUACCACGCCUCCUUUUGGAAUAUAUAGUCUUCAAAUCUUCGUUUUAAUCCAUGAACAAGCCGUCAUGUUUUUUUGGCUUCUUUCUUCGUGCUAUGCCUGAGUAAAACCACAGACCAUUCCUACGAGAUAUCGUUUCAACUGCAUAGCAUACUAGUUUUUGUUAUGGAACAAACCGUCAAAUUGUGGUUCGGUAUUGGUGAGAAAGAACACCAUAAGCCCACCUGAUCAAGGUGUAUGUAUUUAGAAGAUUGAUUUUUAUCGCUUUUGAUGGGCGACAUUGUGGGAGACAUAUCCCUGCAUACAAAAUUUCACUACCCCUCACCAGCCCUCCCCGAAUUUUUCAGCAAGCGGAAUUCCGCGACCGUGAAGUUCCGGUCCGUGUAUUUUCGGCCUAAUAUUAUUUUAAUCAAUAACUAUAGGUUGAACAACUGUUCAAGAACAAAAAUCAAUUUCGAAAAUAACACUAGACACUACAGAGCUGCACAAAAAAUUGGUGGCCCACUGCAACCAAUUUGUUCGCUGUCGCUGAAAAUGUUCGCUGUACGUUUGAACAGCUGUCACAUUUAUACGCACGGUUAAGCCGCCCGCCGGUUAAUCCGCCUCCGGAUAAUCGACCUUGUACUGUAUGUUGUGUCUCAUUAUGCACGGGCAUUUUGAUCUUCAAAAAUGGUAGUCUAAAAGCUGCCAUGGUGUUUGAAAACUAAAAUGGAAAAGCUAUGAUUCAUUAGGAGCACACCUUGUUUUGAACAUAACAGGGGAUUAUUCUGUCAUAAUAAGGCGCGUUUGUUUUUAUUCUGCUUCUCAUUGUUUUGGAUAUCCCUGUCCUUGGCCUUAAUCUGCUCCUAUAAGUGUUUCUCUUUAUCAUUCCGACCUGCUGAAAAUCCAUCUGUGAAGAAACUUUUUUAAGCGAUAAGUGUUUCAACAAAACGGAAUACCUUACCGAUGUUGUAUGAGUGAAGCAUAAGCUAUAAUCGGGUGUUGUGAUGUGGUGCUAGCAAACUGACCAAAAAGAGAUGCGGGAACAUUUGUGGUGAUAUAUUUACUUCUAUGGAACCGUGUUGCUAUAUGAUUUUAUUGUCAGAUAAAGUGACUGUCUUGAUCUUGUGAGAAAUCUACAUAUUUACAGAGCACCUUUCAUUUGUUCUAAAACUUAGACGAGUUUCUAAAAACAACUGCGCGUCAAAAAUUGUCACGGAGAACUCCAGAUAUGGCAGAUGCAAACAAGAUUACUGAAUCAGACAAUGCAAAAAGCAGCAACGCAUCGUCACAAAAUCAAGAAGGAAGCUACUCUGCUGCAAUUACCAGUUCAACAUCAACUGACGCGAAUUCCCGUUCACGCGUUGUUAUAAAACCAGCAAUUUUGGCUGUGCAAAAAAAGUUGCUAGCUUCAUCCAGAUCCGAUGCAAUUCCAUCACAAUCACGUUCCAUUUCACCAAACCCUCCUAGAACACCGAAACGUUCUCCACCUUCUUUAUCCAACAGUGAUUUUUCAAACCAUGCACCAGGUCGCCGAAAACCUGCACUGCCACCCAAACCUAAAUUGAUAAAUCCAGCUGAAGCAGCUCCAUCAACCUCUUUGCCUUUUUCCGGUUUAUCACAGCAGGAAAGAAUAGAACAAAAAAUAGAUAUGGUCGUUAAAAUGCUACAAGAACUGGCUCCACAGCUAGAAAUCAUUAUGAACAAUGUGGAAAGAGACAAUUUUAAUUUGUUAUUAGAAAUGGAAGAAGAUUAAAAAAUUAAUAGUAAAUUUUGUUAGACAAACAGUUGCCAUAAGCUUAAAUAGAGGGUCACCAGCAAUUGAAAUGGAUCAGAUAUUAAACAUACGGGUAUCUCUAGACUAAGAAAUAAAAAAAAAUUCUUCUUGUUCAGAAAAAUAAGUAAAUUCUGAUUUUAUGAUGACACAAAGAUUAAGUACGCGUUUGAACGCGCCCGCGGAAACACGCGUCGUGUAUUUGCGGCCUUACCUAUUUACUUGGCCACCUAUUUACUCCGAAGCAGGCUUUAGUAUGAAUCUUUAGUGUCACAAUUUUAUCGAUUUUCCGUAAAUGGAGUCAAAUUGAUCUAAUGAAAUAAAUUCCUUGUUACAACCGUCACAUUGCUUUUAGACGACUGAUAAAAUUUUCAGCAAACUUCGGAGAAACUUUCGUUUUGUUGUCAAUCCGUUCUGGUUUUAGAACGAAAGUAUGACUAACUUCGUUCAUGAUGUCAUUAAACGCGUGCACCGCGUUUUUGUGAAAAAAAAACCACAAAGCCACUGCAAUGACGAUCCACCUUUUUAUUGUUCUAAAACAGAUACUUUUUAGAACAAAGAUUUCGCUGAAAAUUUGUCGCGGAUCGUCUAAUGUUUCGGUAUUUCGCUUUUUGGUUUUUAACAAUUAAAAGUUUUCGUAUAUAUAUUUUUUUUUUUGAAAGUCCGCUAUUUAAGAGAAUCGGAAUGCUCAACACAAGCGGCAAAUUCGCUUGCAAUGGAGCUGUACCCGUUCGCCAAGGAAUGUACACCCGCAAUUGGGAACACCUUUUUAGUACAACCAUGACAAUUUGAUGCUUGGGAAUUGUGUUCAAACAAAACAAAUCACCUUGCAAGGGUGCGUUCCGUUAUGAAAAUGUGCUUUUACAACGUAGCAAUCCUGCUUGCUAUAUGGACGCACGUUAAUUAAACGCAUCAAAACAGUAAGUUGUAUAUAUUUCUUUCGUUGAUUUCAUUAAAUUGUGCAAAUGUCAUCUCUUUUAGUAACAAUGUACAACAACCGUUCCUGUCCGCACACACCGGCACCGCGGAAAGCCGGGCCACGGUUUCCCAUGUCGGCGGCAAUACUAGAAACUCCCUCCAUAAUGAGCUCGUUUCGAGAGCUGGAACAACCGAACGGUGCAGCAAAUGCAUCCCAUCCACCUGCUCCAAAGCAGUUCAUCAUGUCGUAUUCAUCAAAUGCGCCGAAUGGCAGAAACGGAUGUGUAGAGAAAGCAACCGUUAAUCAGCAAAGACAUGAUUUGAACGCUACACAAUCAUUAAACGGUUCCUUUCUGGAUUGCAGCUUUAGUUCUAGCUUCACCACAUCGAUGACGACACAGAACAGGAAAGUUCCUUUAGCUAACUCAAGCACCAACAAUCUUAAAACAAACACUACACUCAAGGGAUGGUCGUCCUCAUCAAAACCAACAGUGGGAUUACAAAACUUGCAUCGUUCGAGUGCAUCUUCCGGUGGAGGUUCAAACGUCACCUGUCCUUCCUACACCGGAACCACGUUCGGGCAUGAAAAACGAAAGCAUCCUGCAGAACAUAGCGCUUCAAAAUACAGUAAAACUACGGCUGCAAACUUCCCAAAAGGAUCGUCAACCUUGACAGCAGCUACCGGUGACGUUUCCGCCGGUACGCAGCAGCAGAACCUCAAACCAGCUUCCCUGCGCAUCCUUUCCGGUACGAUCGAGCACCUGCAGAAAGCGAUCCGUGAACAGGGCAGACAGGUUCCGUUGCUACUGGAAACCGUUGCUAACGUGAUUAGCAUCAAACCCGGCACGAAAGUGAAGGAGAAGAUUAUCCUGCUGCGGCACCGAAACCAAGGCCCGGUAAUGCAGGGCGUGUUCUACGAGAUCGACCAUGAUUUACCGCCGCUGGCACCGGGCGAUCUGGUACGCUGUGUCGGACGGCUUCAACCCGUGGGAAGCCGGUUGCAGAUACUGAAAAUAAACCGUACCACGGAAGCGUACGGUCGGGCGAUUAUGCGCCUGCAGACGGUCAGCGCAUUCACUGCGAAGGUGAGACGAUAAAAAUUGGUUUUCC